GGCAGCGGCAGCGGAGUCUGCAUCCGGCACCCCCUGCUAGGAUGGGCGUCCCGCCCGCUCGCCGCAGCUCCCGGGCAACAUGGCCAGAGCCGCCGCAGGAUGCACUGCGGGCACCUGAGGUGACACUCCAGCUGCAGGUGUUUCUGAGAGGAGCACUGGGCUGCAGGGUCCUGUAGCCCACACUGCUUGGGUCCCAGACUUUUGUGCAAGCCUCCCUUGGGUCUGCUUGGAGCCGUGAAACACCGUGCCAGUCAGUUUAAACAAACCAUUCCCUAGGACACAAAGGAGAUCUGUUGUCAGUGCUCAAACCUGGAAACAAGCAAGAAGGAAAUGGGAUCAAGUCACAUGAGUUUGAUGCUGCUGAAAUCUGGUAAAAUGACUGACCCAACAUCCAAAACAUGACUCAUGGCCCCUCCAACAAAAAGACUGGGAGCAGUUUCUGGGUCAGCGCAAUGCAAAGAUGAAGAUGGGAGGAACCUGGCUGUUUCUGCCAGUUGGACAGCACUUGCUGGCUCUGGGAUACAGGCACUUUUCAAACAAAUUGAGAAACAAGAUGAACUUCACGAAAUCCAAGAUGUUUGUUUGCGUUGUAGCAUUCGGCUGUGCUAGCUUUGUGGUUUUUUACACCAAUUUGACCAAAUUCUACCUAUUUGGUGUAAACAGGCAAGAGGACAUAUUUCCCAUAGAGACUUUUAGGAGAAUCAGAGGAAAUUUCUUGGAGCUCCCGGAUAUAGACUGCCACAAGAACCCACCUUUCCUUGUCCUACUUGUGGCAUCCUCAUGCCACCACUUUGAUGCCAGGAUGGCAAUCCGGCAAACCUGGGGGAAGGAAAGAACGAUCGCCGGCCAGCGCUUGGUGACGUAUUUCCUCCUGGGAAGCACUGUGAAUUCCAGCCAGCAGGCAGAUAUUGCUGCUGAAAGCCAAAAGUACAGAGACAUGAUUCAAAAGAAUUUUACUGACACAUAUUACAAUUUGACUUUGAAGACCAUGAUGGGAAUGGAAUGGAUUCACAGAUUUUGCAACCAGUCCCGCUUUGUGAUGAAAACCGACACAGAUGUGUUUGUCAAUGUUUUUUACCUCACUGAGCUUCUUCUGAGGAAAAAAAGGACCACUGGAUUCUUCACAGGCUUUUUGAAACUGCAUGAGCAUCCCAUACGUAAAAGAGGGAGUAAGUGGUAUGUGAGUAGAGAAGAAUACCCAGGAAAGACCUACCCACCAUUUUGUUCUGGGACUGGCUAUGUGCUAUCCACUGAUGUUGCUAGUCAGAUCCAUAACGUUUCAGAGAACAUUCCGUUCAUUAAACUGGAGGAUGUAUUCAUAGGACUGUGCCUUGACAAAUUACAAAUUGGGCUGGAAGAGCUUCACUCAAAGCAGACUUUUUUUCCAGAAAGGAUUAGGUUCUCUGUUUCUCGCUUUAAGAAAAUCGUGACAUGCCACGAAGUAGAACCCUCUGAGCAGCUGAGCUACUGGAAUCACUUGGUGGCAGAAAAUAAUGGAGGAAUGCUCUAGCACCUUCCCUGCUUAAAUUACCAAACUUAAAUGUACUGCAUUUACAGGGCUGCUCUUAACUCCAGCAGAACUCCCAAUG